UCACUCCUGGGAGAGGUUUCGCGCCAACUGCUCAGAGAAAACGUGAAGAAAACCCGUGUGUAAAACCAGAGCCUGGGAGAGGGGCUUGGGUGAGCCGGGGAAUUUGCAGACGCUCCCUGCUGGCGGAGAUAGCUUGACCUGUCCUUCAGUCCCAGACCUACUGUUGGUCCCAGCCCUGCGGACCCGAGUGCUUCGGCAGGUGGGAGCGACAUCAGGAGAGGCAGUGCCGGCUGCGGUAGCCAGAUCCACGGCAGGAAAGCCAUGUCACAGCCGCAGCUGCGGGGCGCCGAGCGCGACCUCUACCGGGACACGUGGGUGCGAUACCUGGGCUAUGCCAACGAGGUGGGGGAGGCAUUCCGCUCCCUGGUGCCAUCAGCUGUGGUGUGGCUGAGCUAUGGUGUGGCCAGCUCUUACGUGCUGGCCGAUGCCAUUGACAAAGGAAAGAAGGCUGGAGAGGUGCCAAGCCCUGAAGAAGGCCGCAGCACCAGGGUGGCUGUGGCUGUGGUGGACACAUUUGUGUGGCAGGCUCUGGCCUCUGUGGCUAUUCCAGGCUUCACUAUCAACCGUGUGUGUGCCGCCUCUCUCUAUGUCCUGGGCACGACCACUCACUGGCCUCUGUCUGUCCGAAAGUGGACCACCACUGCGCUUGGGCUGUUGGCCAUCCCCUUCAUUAUCCACCCCAUUGACAGGUCAGUGGACUUCCUCCUGGAUUCCAGCCUGCGCAAGCUGUACCCAUCAGUGGGGAAGCCCAGCUCCUCCUGACUGUACCCCAGCUCCUGGCUGGUAUACUAGCCUGCUCCUGCUCUGUGCCAACUAUCCCUUCCCGCCAGGAUGGCAGGAUACCUGGCUUCCCGGAUGACUCCAAGGCCCCGGCACCUGAGUGUAAGCUGGAUGGAAGCUUAGAAAAAAGGCCUCAAGGAGCAAUGACUGCAGCAAGUCAUAGACAGGCAGGACAUGAACCCUGACUGCUUCUCUGCAUAGGAGUGGCCUCUGGGUGGGCCUGGCUCUGUGUUUUUACAGGCAAGUUAUAUCCUCCCAUGGAGGGUGAGGGGACUGAGGCCCUCUCGGGGCAAGGAGUAUGCCCAAGAUCAUUUGGCAGGGUGAGUACCCAGGACCCCCAGCUGCACGGCUGGAGCAGAUACUCAGGGAGAAAUGCA